CCGCGGUACCUUUGCUAGCUUACUGUCACCUGCUCGCAUUCAACAUGGAUCGCUCACGAGAGGAUGAAAAUUAGCCGCCAUCAUUGUGGCAGUUGCUUCUGUUGGUAAAUACGAGCCGUUCAUAACAACUGUUGUCAUCGCUGCAGCCAGGUGAUGAUUUCUGAGCUUUCGUGGGUAAACAGAGGGCCUGUCACUCUGCAGAGCUGUCAGCUUCUGUAGACACCGUUUGUGGAGGUUGCUGCGAAAAGCAGACGUCUCCCUGAAGAAAGUGAGUAGCUAUGGCUGAACAAGACGUUUGUCCUCACCUGGACUCAAUAGGCGAGGUGACCAAGGAAGACCUUCUGCAGAAAUCUAAGGGAACUUGCCAGUCAUGCGGAGCCGGGGGCCCAAACCUGUGGGCCUGUCUGCAGAAUGACUGCCCAUAUGUCGGCUGUGGAGAGUCCUUCUCUGAUCACAGCACCCUGCACGCACAGGCCAAGAAGCACAACCUGACGGUGAACCUGACGACGUUCAGAAUCUGGUGUUAUGUGUGUGAGCGGGAGGUGUUUCUGGACUCCAGGCCUGCCCUGGUGCCGGUACCUGCUGCACCCCACCACUGUAAAGCCACAGAGCAGGAAGCAGCUCCUCCGCCAGUAGGCCACCCACUAAAAGCAGUGCCAAUUGCUGUUGCAGAGGAGGAAGGUUCAGAAUCAGAUGAGGAUGAGCUCAAACCCAGAGGCUUGACGGGAAUGAAAAACAUCGGAAACUCCUGCUACAUGAAUGCAGCCCUUCAAGCCCUGUCCAACUGUCCUCCUCUUACUCAGUUCUUCCUGGACUGCAGUGGACUGGUCCGGACUGAUAAGAAGCCGGCUCUAUGUAAAAGCUACCAGAAACUUAUCUCAGAACUCUGGCAUAAAAAACGGCCCAGCUAUGUCGUCCCUACCAGCCUGUCACACGGCAUCAAACUAGUAAACCCCAUGUUUCGUGGUUACGCUCAGCAGGACACUCAGGAGUUCCUGCGCUGUCUGAUGGACCAGCUGCACGAGGAGCUGAAGGAGCCUCUGACAGAGUGCAACAUGAGCGGGGAGGGAAGCGACGGGGAGGAGAGAAGAGACGGAGACCGGUCCCCGUCUGAGGAUGAAUUCCUGUCCUGCGACUCUGGCUCCAGCAGCGACCGGGGGGAGGGAGGAGGUGUGGGCGACAGGGAGCUGCUCAUGCAGGACGAGUGCGACGGGAUCAGAUCACCGGCGGGGGGAACGGUAGGUGUCACUACCGGUGCGGUGAUCUCAGAGAAGGAGAGGCUGAAAGAAAGAAGGGUGUCCGGCUCACCCCUCCGCGGAGGCUCGCAGGAGAUGGACGAGGAUGCAGAUGUGGACACGGCAGCUGAGGAGGGGGUUCCUGAGAGGGGAGAGGAGGAGGAGUCAGCACCAACCCCAAACACUGAGACCCAAAGUCAAGAGAACAACCAGACCUCUAGUGCAGGGCAAGGGCCGGUCCAGAGCAGCAACGUCACCUCAGAACCAGACAACGAAGCAUCAAUGGCCCAGCCCCAGUCCACUCCCUGUAGUCCUGUGCGAACCCUCCAGGAGCUGCAUCCCAAACUGUCCUCCAGUCCGCCACGCUCCAGCCCCCUCCGCUCUGCAGGGCCUGCGUAUUCCUUCAAAAAAGCUCAGCUGCUGCUCAGUGCCAGGAAGAAGAAGCAGUCUCACUAUCGCAGCGUGAUCUCUGACAUCUUCGACGGCUCUAUCCUCAGUCUGGUCCAGUGUUUAACCUGCGACAGGGUCUCUACGACAGUGGAAACCUUCCAAGACUUAUCCCUCCCUAUUCCUGGCAAAGAGGACUUGGCAAAGCUCCACUCUUCCAUCCAUCAGAACCUGCCAGUCAAGACUGGAGUAUGUCCCGACACUUACGGCUCACAGGGCUGGAUCUCCUACAUCAUGGACUCCAUACGCCGGUUUGUCGUCUCGUGUAUCCCCAGUUGGUUUUGGGGGCCCAUGGUAACACUAGAGGACUGCCUCGCUGCCUUUUUCGCUGCAGAUGAACUCAAAGGAGACAACAUGUACAGCUGUGAAAGAUGUAAAAAGUUGAGAAACGGUGUCAAAUACUGCAAAGUGCUUAAGCUUCCAGAGAUUCUGUGCAUUCACCUGAAACGCUUCCGACAUGAGGUCAUGUAUUCGUUCAAGAUAAGCAGCCACGUGUCGUUUCCGCUGGAGGGCCUCGACAUGCGACCUUUCCUGGCUAAAGAGAGUCCAUCUCAAGUCACGACUUAUGAUCUGCUGUCGGUCAUUUGCCACCAUGGCACAGCAGGAAGUGGACACUACAUAGCUUACUGUCAGAACGUGAUCAACGGUCAGUGGUAUGAGUUUGACGACCAGUAUGUGACCGAAGUUCACGAGACGGUGGUGCAGAAUGCAGAGGCCUACGUGUUGUUUUAUCGGAAAAGCAGCGAGGAGUCAGUGAGAGAGCGGCAGAAGGUGGUGGCCCUGGCUAAUAUGAAGGAGCCCAGCCUGCUGCAGUUCUACAUCUCCAGAGAAUGGCUGAACAAGUUCAACACUUUCGCCGAGCCGGGCCCCAUCAGCAAUCACACGUUUCUUUGUCAGCACGGGGGGAUCCCUCCUAAUAAAUACCACUACAUAGAUGACCUGGUUGUGAUCGUUCCCCAGAACGUGUGGGAGUACCUUUACAACAGUUUUGGAGGCGGCCCAGCAGUCAACCACCUGUAUAUGUGCGCCAUCUGUCAGGUGGAGAUUGAAGCUCUGGCUAAACGCAGAAAAAUGGAAAUAGACACUUUCAUCAAGCUGAACAAAGAGUUUCAGGCUGAGGAGGCUCCUACGGUGAUCCUGUGUAUCAGCAUGCAGUGGUUCAGAGAGUGGGAGAGCUUUGUGAAGGGCAAAGACAACGAGCCACCUGGUCCCAUUGACAACAGUAAAAUUGGUGUUAUGAAAGGAGGACACAUACAGCUCAAGCAAGGUGCAGACUACGGUCAGAUCUCAGAGGAGACAUGGCAGUACUUGUUGGGUAUUUAUGGGGGAGGCCCUGAGAUUGCAGUGAGACAGACCGUGGCCCCGGCUGACCCCGACAGCCUUCAUGGAGAGAGGAAGAUCGAGGCGGAGACAAGAGCACUUUGAGAUAAAGAGGAUCUUCUGACUCCCCUUUCCACUCCUGCCCUCACAGCAAGCUGAGGAAUUUGCACCUUGGUGAAGAAGCCCCAUCGUGAGCACUUUGUAAAUGUAGCAGCGUAUUAUUCCGAAGCCAUGCCGCAAGAGGAGAAAAACGGUACCUAAAUAUCACAUAGUUUAAUUUAUUGGGUAAAGCUGAUCUUCAGUGUUAAGGUGUAAAAAAAAACAAAACAAAAGAAAAAAACAAGACGUCACGUCAAAAUCUCUGGAGCUGUUUUUGGUAGCUAUGGUGUCUCAGUGGCCGCUGUAGUGACUAGGUGUCAUGUACUGCUGAGGUGGCCGUGGCAGGCGGACGGCUGCUCGAACGCAGAGCCCUGCGGAGGGCAGAGCUACAGUUUGAUGUUUAGCUUGAGGACUUUUCUUCUUCACCGGAAGCAAAAAAAAAAAAAAACCAAGAGACAUUAACAAGCUUUCUGUUGUAUGCCUGUUUACUAGUUACAUAGCAACAAGUUCAGACAUGAAGUGAGAGAUUUCAAAUACAUCAAACUCUUGCACCUCCAACCUUAAAUACACAGUGCACUGAGCCCUCAGGAAUGGAAGUCUUUUUUUGUUUGUUUUAACAGUGAAAUGUUAAGAUUAAUGACCUAUAAACACCAUUGUAGGUUCGUUUGAAACUACAAAGCAUGCAUGCGUGGGUUGUAAAAGACGAUUUUUCAGGUUCAAAAUGCAUGCAACUGCAGCUAUUGUUUUGGAUGAGUUAGUACAUUUCACUGACAAGAUGAGAUGCUGAGAUUUUUUUUUUGUUCCUUCUUCUUUCAAACAGACAAUUUAUCUGUUUAUGUGCUCAACUAUUUAAAUAUUGACUUGCUCCUGUUUAGUUUUUUUUUUUUUCCAAGCACUAUCAAAUAGGCAUAAGGGCAUAUAUAGAUAUAAAUAUUAACAACAUAGAGAAAUGGAUGUUUUCAUAAGUCCGAGGUUUGCACAUCUGAGGGGUCACAAGAGAAUUUUGCGCAACAAAAUAUCAUAACUGGCUUUUCUGACAAGAGCUCACAAAGAAAGUUUGUAAAGCUUCAAGAGCAUCAGUGUAAAUGACCGUACGUUAGUUUUUCGUAGAAAUACCUGUAUUUUCAUGUAGACCAGUGAUGCAGUUUUUGUUAAACCAAGAGAUGGCAGUGUUAAAUAUAAAGCUACUCCGCACCAUGUACCAAGUAAGCAUUAAAGAAAUAAUCACAAAUAAUUAGCACAAUAUGGGAAAAAAAUGAAAACCUGUUACAGAAAGGAGUCAUUUCUGAUAGUAUUUGAGUGAAAUUCUAUUUUUUUUAUUUGGGCAUAUUUUCCUAAUUGUGCACGUUUGGGUAUCAGGUCAUUCAACAAUCCAAAUGUUACAGUCUGAAGUAUUUGCUUGCAAAAAAAUAUGUGUGCAGUUGUAGAUUGUGUUACUGUUGAAGAUGCGUUUUAAAAGUUUAUGUACAAUUCAUCCUCUCCAGCCCAAUUAGUACACCACGGCUUGUUUACUUAAAUUAUGUAAUGGUGUAAAGUUUAGAUUCCUCCGCUCACAAAGCAAGUGAUGAAUCAAAACAGUCUUGUAACUACAGCGCUCUGUGUUGAAAGAAACAAGUCAUCCAAUCAUCUUUGAGUCACAAACAGAGCAGAGCACUGGAACAAGUGUGUGAGACACACUGACUUCUGUCUGAGUUUCUCAGAGGAGUUUUAUUUAAUAAUUGUUUGCUGGACCCAAAUUCAUCAAAAGAAAGCUCACAUGUUUUCCUAAAUUGUGCAGCUCAUCUUGCAGCAUAAUCAAUGCAAGAUUUAUGAUCCAGGUUGGAAGCAAAGAGAAAAGGCAGUUAUUAUUACUAAAUCCCCUGAGCCACGUUACAUAAAGAGUUAAUGCACCGUUACUACAUUCGCUUCAAAUCUUUUACUUGACUAGCAAUCAUUAAGGGAGCAUUUAUAUGCAUCAGACCCUCACAGAGAAAGAAACCCUGCAGAAUUAGAAGAGAAAUACUGCUGCUCCACUAUUACCAGUGUACAGUAAAGAAAAAAUGUCUUCAAAAUGUAUAAUUUCCAAAGCCAAAUAAUAGAAAAUGGAUGUGAAUGCUGAUUUUAAUCUUUAGAUGUCAUAUAGUACAGAGUUGCUACUGGUUCCAGAAGGGUUUUCCCCAUAUUUGUUUCCAUUUGUCCUCUUAAAUCAUAAAUUUAACUCUCCCGCUGAAGCCACAAGUUUAUGUUUAUUUUCAUUUCGUUCUUAGAAGUCAUGUUUUGUCCAUUAUUAUUGUCACGACAAACUGUUUUAAAUGCAACAAAACCCCCUGAGCUCCUACUGCUGUGACCCUGGAGCAGAGGCCAGUCAGAGGCACAAAACAAAUGGCCAGCAAAUUCAAAACACCAUGAUUGGACAUUUCUUGCAGAAGUGUGCCUUGGGAGUCGUAGGUAACUUCUCCCCUCAACAUUUUAUGUACACAGACCUACUGGGACGCAGUUAACCGUUUAUACUGAUGAUUCAGCCGGGAGACAUUCCUGUCAAGUGCUAUGAGUCAAGCAACAUUUUCAUAGGAAAAUCGAUGGGUCUUUCAAACAAAUAAAUGGGGCUUUCACAUCUGGAACCAGGGGUGCUUUAAAUAGCGGCUCCUAUUUCACCACUCUCUUGACCAGGGGACAGUCAUUCUUACUUCUGCUUCCUUCCCUUAUUUGUACCAGCCUUAGAAAAAAUGAGAUCUGAAGCACAGACAAGCAAACUGCCAGCUGAAAUGUAAUAAAAUAUAAUAGUCUAAUAUUUCAUGAUCUGCAGGACCAUCAGCACGUUGAAACAGGUUCAAGCACCUACACACCCACACUUUUCUUUUGUAAUGGUGGAAAAUUUGCAUUUACAUUGUUUGGAAACCUCGGCAUUCAUUUACAUCGACUCUAGAUAACUCUAGAGCCGUGAAACAUUAAACUCUCAGCCGUAUUUCACUAUAAGAUCAAUCAGAAAGGGUGGCACAAAAAUUCAAUCAGAAUACGUUGUUUGUGUUCAUUGAGAUAUAAUGUAGGAAUGGACAUAAACUCAGAAAAGUAUACGAGUCUAUUAAUUAACAGAUGUGAAAGAAAUUAAUAAAUUUGAAAUCACUCAAACUUGCUUUCUUUAAGGGGCCUAAAUAAUACCACCCUUAUGUCUGUUCAUUAAGUAUUAAGAUACAGCUAGCAGUUAGUUAGCUGUUAGUUUAUAGACUGGAAGUACAAUUAGCCUUUUCUGUCCAGACCUCAGAAAAUCCGCCCAACACCUCUGAAGUUUACUAAUUAACAUAUUAAAUCUUGUUUGCUUAACUUGUACGAAAAUUUAAACUUAAAAACGACAGAAGGUAGAGCUAGCUGUUUUCACCAUCUUCCAGUCUUUAUGCUAACUCAAGCUAGCUGCUGGCUAGCUGUAGCUUCACAGUUAGCUUAUCCUGCAAGGUAAAAUGGAAAAUCUACAUCUUAAAACCUUUUAUAUAAGUAAGACUUAGUUGUGAAAUGUCUAUCUCUACAUUUAGGUCUACUUUGAAAAUCUGAACAUUGUCAUAGUACAGUUUCAAAAAGCUCAACAGAUAUUAAGAGGUGUAAUUAUGAGAGGCGGGAUUUGCCAAAUAGUUUCCUGACAAUAUAUCUAACAACGUAAAUAGAGAUUGACGCAAAAAUAUCCAACAUGAACACGUUUUAUUUUCACCACAGAUGUUUUGACCUGUCUAUGUAAGAAAAUCUCAGGUGUAACUGAUAAAGUCAACUGUGUUCAUUCAAGUUUGACAAUAAGCUAAGCUAAAGUAGCGCUUAAAAGUCCUUGACCUGGAACUGAAAGUCGGCCGGUUGGCAGCGUUUUUCCCUAUUUAAACCUUCUUUAUGAGGAAAAGCCAAAAACAACACUGCAUUUUAUAUUUUCUAAAAAUCAACACUUAUUAUUCUGUCCAUUUUUAUUAGCUAUUUUACUUUUUAUUUUCAACUCGAAAAUUUAAAGCUAAUGGCUGCUUUCACACCUAGCUAAUCUCACUAUAGUGGCUAAUAAAAAAGCUAAUAUUUUCCCAGCUCUCUCAGAUGAGGGAAUAAAAUUAAGCGUAUUAUUCUAACUUUUUUAUUUCUUUCCACCAUUUUCCCUUUCCCAACCAGUCGAGGCAGAUGGCAGCCCUCUCCUAGCCUGGUUCUGCUGGUUGUUGCUCAAAUUUCAAAAAAGGUUUUGCUAUAGAGCAUUGCCAAUUAAUCUGUCAAUUAUUUUCUUGACUUAACAAUUAGUUGUUUGGCCCAUAAAAUAUAAGAAAAAGUGAAAAGGGUGAAAAGUGUUGAUCAGUGUUUCCCAAAGACCAAGCUGAUGCCCUCAAAUGUCUUAUUUAAGUCUAGAAAUCAAAGACAUCAAGUUUACUGUUGAAACCAGAAAAUAUCCACAUUUAAAAAGCUGCAGUCAAAGCUUUUUAUGUCAAAAUGUCUGCCGUGCCUGUGGACUGUGUUUGAGCUGAUGAUAAUUCAUGCCUCGUGUUUUAAUUUUUUAAUUACAUUUUUUUAAUCUAUUCAAUACUUUUAAUAAGAAAAGCCACUGAUUUGUCCGUUCUGUCUGGUGUAAUGUUUGUUCUUUUCACACAUUUCCGGACUGUAUCUACAAGAGAUAGUAUUAAUACCACAGUUACACGUGUGCUAUGUUUAGAUACUUUUUGGGGGAUUAAGUGCAAUGAAAUAAAAGACAAAUCUUUGUGCAAUCUUAGCUCUGUCGUCAAAGCGAUACUGGACAGUUUGAACAGCUGACAGUAAAGACCGGGGCUGUGCAGUUUAUUGUAGCGCCACGUUAAAGGAGUCUUGAGUGGCGGUUACAUAAUUAUUCUCACCUGUGAGGUUGUUUGCUUGUGUUACAGCACGUAGCUAUGCGUGUGAGAUUUCCAUUUCACUGCAUUGCUGUGGUUGGACAGUUAAUCAGAAAUAUCAUGCCAAGCAACGGGAUGUCAUUGACUCAUGUUUUCCUGGUAUUUGACAGUGUGUGGCUCUUGUGGUCAUGACAGUGGUGAUGCUUUGAUAACAUGGGAGUUGAGUGGUCGACCUCAGUUCAAUGGGAUGUCUUAAUGUCUGUAUAAUUGAUGUAAUUACUUAUGACUGGUUUAAUGAUUAAAAUUGCCUGGUCUUGAUUUUGAA